GCUUUUCGUUCUUGCACGCUCCCGUGUGCUGCUUGCUAUAUUUCAUAUGCCCACCUGGUGCAUCGCUUUCGGGUAUUGAUUACCAGCUCACAUUUUGUGUUGUACACCACCGAACGGUAACAGGUGCUCCGGAGCCUGUCUGUCUUCCUUCUCCAUACCACCACGAGUCGAGUCGAGUCGCGCGACGACAACCGGACUCGGGCGAUACCUGUGCUGGACUCACCAUGCUCACGACCAUAUAACAAGUGUUGGACGUCUCGGCCUCCCAUUCGGAAGAAAUAUCAAUUCACGCACGAUGGCGCGCUCAAAACGACUUGCGCCCACGGAAGAGCUCGUUGAGGAGGCAUCCGAAUCCUGCAUUAGGGAACGUGAGGCAACAUCAGCUGCGCACGUAGGACUCCAACCACCGACCAAGAAGCGGAGGAUUCGCUCAGACAUUCUUUGGGACUCGCUCGCAAAACCGCCGACGGACACCUCGGGCUCAGCGCGCGCUAUGAGGGAUCCUGCCAACGCUUCCCAGCUUGCUGCGCUGCAUGACAUUGGCCUCCCCACGCCCGAAGCCAGUUCUUUGGCCGAACAAGAGCAACUAAGCAAAGAUGUGUUUCCGUUCCUGAAGCUGCCUGCCGAACUCCGGAUGGACAUCUACCGGUGUGCUCUGUGCAGAGACGAACCCUUGCUGCUGGACUUGGCAUCCAAAGACGAGAAAGACGGCGAUGCUGAGACACCAAAGCCAAAGAAAGCAAGGAACAACGCAGGCGUCAACGUAGAGCUUCUUCGAACAUGUUCCCUUGUCUACAAGGAAGCACGUCAAAUCUUCUACUCUGAGAACUGCUUCACUCUCUCCAUCGAAUCAAGCGUCGCCACACUGGCACAACUACACCAGCGCUCGCGCUCGCUCAUUCGAUCUGUCACUCUUGCUAUUCCUUCACAUCACGACAUCUUGGAUAGCUUUGCUGAUAUGGUGCGCUUGGGACUGCGCUACUGCUGGGGUCUCAGGACAUUCACGAUUAGACUGGAUGUCAUGCUUCCCGAUUUCGACACUCUGCCUGCAGGCCACCACGGUGGCAUCUACGCAAACGCGUUUCGCAUUCUAAGAUGGCUGCCCAAAGGGUGUAAGGUCAUUCUUGAGGGCAACGUCAACGAGAGCGUGAAGAGGGUUGUUGCGGAGGAAGGCCGACUACUAGUCGAGCUCGACGAGAUCAGUUACUUCAGGAGACAACAUCAGAUGUCCGGUCGGGUCUCUGGUUCUUCUUUCAUGCCCAGUCAACGAGACGGGAAGGGUAUGUCUAAUCGGACUGCCGAAGGGGGCCUCGCUCCUGAUUCUGGAAGCUCGUCAGCCCCGGAACGAGUUUACAACACCCGCUCGUGCCGCUCGAUGCGCAUUUGAGAAACGGUACAAGACCACGCCUGGGGCUUGGCUUGAUCCUAAUACCACCAAAUUUUGAUGUCAUCUGGACCGUCACUAUUGCGUAUACCACUGGUGGUUAAUUCUACACUGUUGUUAUAUCAUAUUGGCAUGGGCUAUCCCGACUAUGCAUGUUCAACACACUUCGCACAUUGCUACCUUUACUAUUAUUGUAGUAGUGCGCUCCAUGAAAUUUGGACUGACAAAAAUCUCUCUAUGACGAUGUGGAAGUCUGUGAGGUAGAGAGAGAGUUAUCGCUCACUCCGAAUGAAGGCGCUUGUUCAAACCGCCCUGAAUACACUUCUAGCACGCAC